AUGGUCGCAAAGGCCCUCAACUUGCCGAAGAGCUGCACGUCGGCCGCCUUCAUUCUGCGCGUCGAGUACGAGAAGCUGCUGUACGCGUACGAGCAGAAGCACGUGUGGGACCGCGACCCGCAGCACGUCGCACAGCUGUUCCCGGCGGAUAGGGUCAAGCGCAUUGCCCUCCCGAUCAUGCGCGCGGGCGACUACGAUAGGAGGUCCCUGUCGUCGCACACCCCCGGCAUGUCCCCGAUGUACGCAUUGCCGAAAACUUCCUCCCGGCCGAGGAGGCAGGCGGCGCUCGCGGCUACGAAUGCCGUUGCUAGCGCCGUGUCGGAUGAUCCGUAUGGCUUCCCCGUGUUUCCUAAGAGAUCGCGCUUGACGGGCUUGGAUGAGGCUUCUUUGAGCCCGUAUGAGGAGCAGAUUAUUGAUGAUGAGAUAGUUAAUGACAAUGCCCCGCACGGCGUGUACGUACCGGGGCAGCCGGGGGAGAAGGAGCGCGUUGUCUCGGCGCUGUGGAGUCCCAUGCAUGACGACGUGGCAUGGGCGCUCGGCACACUCAAUGCAUUGUCGUUUGAUGCGAGGAAUGUGUUUGUGGCCCAGGAGUUUCCGGGCAUAUUGGAUGCGCUGAACGAAGUGCUUAAUAGAUAUCUGGAAGACGUCAUGAGGAAACGCUCGUACGGUGUCGCAGCGGGUAUAGAGGAGCUUGAUCUCAACGCACCGCGCGACAUCGAGAUGGCCGCUGUUGAUAUCCGCCACGCUGGGCAUGACCUCACAGGUCCCGGCAUUGGCGUAUCACGGAAUCCGCUCCACGAAGAAUUUCUCCGUUCCUCUAGUUUGCAGCAAUAUCCAAACCUUUUCAAUCUUGCAGAUCCGAUCGCCAUUGAUCGUCAGCAGUGCGCGACCGUUGCUGUUAACGUUCUAAGGAAUAUGAGUUUUUGUCCACGAAACGCUGCGUAUCUGGCCUUGUCGCCCCAGAUUCUCGGCAUAUCGGCCGUCAUGAUUUCGAACGUCGGCGUCGGCGCAAACUUGCGCGAGGGCUUGGUAGAUAUGUGGAUGAACGUUUCUCCGGUCAUGACGGCCACGCCCGGCUCUCCAGGACAUACCGUUCUCAUGGCAUGCGUCAAGUUGCUAGACCCAUUUAAAGAGGGUGCCGAAGUAACACGGUUCACCAACAUUGGGGAGGUUUUGGCAAGGCUCGCGGCCAGCCCCGAGCGGAAUGAAGCCGCAAUUGUAAGUAGCUUUCCAGAACUUCUACCGCGUGUGGUAGAUAUGCUGAGCGGAAGGAAUCGGCGAUACGUGAGCGCCGGGCUGGCUGCCUUAUGUAACUUUAGCGCGUUCGAUUGGCCUGCACGAGAUGCAAUUGCCCGUGUGCCACGGUGUCUGGACCGCCUAGUCGGCAUGCUGUCCGACACGGAGUUCGCGCCAAGAGCUGCUCUAACACUGCUCAACCUUGCGGAAGCUCCGAACAAUCGCUCCGUCAUGAUUACGCAUGAGGCAGCGCUCGUUGAGUUCGCAAUGACUCCGUCACCUGCUGCAGACACGGUAGCUUCGAUACUUUUUGAUCUGUCCGACGAUUGAAGAGGUAUUUCGGCUGGAGGACGUCGGCUGUAACUGGAACUGGCUCAGAUGACUGUACUCAAGUGUGUACAUAACCUAUUGUAUAAAAGUGUGUAAAGAGAGCGUGAGCAAGGUAGCUGAUGGACCCAAGGCGUGUUCCUUCUUGCGGAAAUGGUGGUUUUCUCGUC